CGGUCACGAAGCGUGAGAAGCGGUGACGAAAGCAAUAGUUCUCGGGCUUCUCCGUCACUGCCCGAGCCAAUAACGCACCAGCCUGCUUCUGUUCCCGACGUCCAUCGUGGUGAUUCUGUAGCGGAAGGCCACAAUGACACAGCUUACCACUCUGACCCUGGGCGACAAAGAGACAUUGAAGAGGAGCGAAGUGGAGCUGAGAUAUCCUCCGCGGCGACAGGUCAAGGGACCGUUAAUUCUGACUGCCUUUUCUAUCUUGAAGCCCAUCCAGAGGCAUAUUCUCCUCCGUUCUGCUCCGCCAGUCAACAUCUCCCAGCAGGACAGCGACUAUCUCAAGCAAAAGGGCGUUUUUAACCUUCCUCAACAGAGCUCGCGUAGAGAGAUACUUCGAGCCUAUUUCCAUCAUGUGCAUCCGAUUUUACCUAUACUAGAUGUUGGCAUACUCCAAAAUCUUCACGAACCUGUCUAUGUUUCUUCAUCCGACUUGCUCCUCUUUUGGAGCAUGGCCUCGGUGGCAGUCAACUUUGUUCCGAGUAGCGUUUGGCAGCUUGAAGGUUUUGGCUCUUGUAAGGAAAUGAAAGCUACAGCUUAUGAACAUGCCAAGUGUGUCUACAACAACGGCGGCGUAAUCCAUCAAGAACAUCUCCUACAAUCCGCUCUACUCCUAUCCUUCUGGCAUUCUGACAGGGACAGACUCUCACAACCAUGGUACUGGAGUGGAGUUGCAGUCAGCUUGUGCCAGAUCAUCGGGCUACAUCGAAAUCCAGAUUCGGUGAGGCUGAAUCCGUUGAUCAAUCCUCAUCGCCGUCGCAUGUGGCGCCGCCUCUGGGGAGGCUGUUUAUUUCGAGAUCGAUGGCUGAGCAUGACACUGGGGCGACCCAUGAGAAUCCGUCUUGGUGACUGCGACAUGCCUUUUCCCACUGUCGAGGAUUUGCUGGGCGAUGUCGCCGAAAUUCCAUCCUCGCUGAGAGACGCUUAUCUUCCACAGGAUCUCGGUCGACUGGCCAAGUAUUGGCCGGUUCUCUUACAGCUGAGCAGACUUCUAGGCGACGUCACCAUGUUGUGCUAUCAACAAAAUACCCCUACACCGAGCCUGGAGCAGUGCGAGUGUCUAGAAGCAGAGCUCUCGCAACACUGCAUUCCUGAUGUGAACAACGGCGAAGAGAGCCGGCUGGAGAGGUUUUACUACUAUCACGCACAAUUACACUACCAAGCGCUUUUGAUCACUUUCUAUCGUCCCUGCGUGUCAAUGACGCCCAAAGACCUUCAACCACCGGCCCAAGGCCCAUGGCAGAACCGCAUGCGAACUCGACUCGCAUCGGCAGCAGCCUCCACCAAUGCUAUCCUUGACAGCAUAGUACGCGAAGAGCUUGUCAGUUUGGCGUGCCCCAUGACUCCCCCACUCUUGGUACCGGCUAUGCAUGUUCAUCUUCUCGACUGCAAAUCCCAAAACCCCCUCACUCGGAAACUGGGAUUCAACAAAAUCGAGUUCUGCAUGGAAGUAAUGAGAGAGCUUCAAAAGACCUACACCUCAGCGUCUGUCUUUUGCGGCAUCUUUGGGGAAGCAAUACGCCAGUUAUCACCUGUCUAUCCGGAUCAAUCUGGCGUGGCCAGGUCCCAAACAGCGAUUCAGGCAUCUAAUUCGAUGCAAAACGAUGAUGGCGGGCUCAUGGCAGGCCCUCCAAAUUCCGACUCGAUAUUGAUCAGUGAUGAUCUACUAGCAAGCCUGUUGAAUGAGGGAUCGGGGUACAACCUAUGGGAGUCGAUAAACAUGAUGGAACAGCCAUUUGAUUUCAGGGAUGAACCAGCAUAA